UUCUGUGCAGACACUGAAAUGUAAUUUUAUUUCUACUAAAGGCCCUUUACAAGAUUAAGACAGAAAGAAAAAAUGUAAAAAGGUAAAAAUCAUGAAGACCUGAACAAGACUGGCUGGUGAAGAAGCGAAACGCUAAUCAUAAAUUUUUAAAACUUUGUUACAGCCGAUCCGCUCUCAGCUCUAACAGUCAACUCUUCCUCCUAGAUCUCCAAUUAAGGUUCUUCAUGCUUGGCAAAGUCUUGAUUCAGGAUUCCACUAAAGCAUCAUGAUGGAAGAAGCCGUAAGCAGGUUUAUUUGCAAGGAAGCUGUAAACUACAAUUACACAGAGAUAUAAACUUUCCAAAACUGCUCGAGAAUAAAGUUGAGAUCCAAGUAACUGAAGUUCAUUGCAAAUUUGUUUCACUGUUUGUUUGGUGUGCAGAAAUUUGCAUAUAUAGUUCCACUAAAGAAGGAAAAUGGGAAAACAGUUAUGGUUGCUCUCUUUCAGAGCCAAGAAAAUAUUGUAGGAGAGGUAGUUAUAGAACCAAUACAUGGGAAGAAGGUUGAACAUAAUGGUGUUAAAAUUGAGCUCCUUGGUCAGAUAGAAUUGUAUUUUGAUAGAGGCAACUUCUAUGACUUUACCUCUCUUGUUCGUGAACUUGACAUUCCUGGUGAAUUAUAUGAAAGAAAAACGUACCCAUUUGAAUUUUCUACAGUGGAGAUGCCAUAUGAGUCAUAUAAUGGAGUCAAUGUUAGGCUUAGGUAUAUUCUGAAAGUGACAAUCAGCAGAAACUUUGUCAGCAACAUAGUGGAGUGCCAAGAUUUUGUGGUCCGCAACUAUACACCACCUCCUUCAAUCAAUAACAGUAUUAAGAUGGAAGUGGGGAUUGAGGAUUGUCUACACAUUGAAUUUGAAUACAGUAAAAGCAAGUAUCAUUUGAAGGAUGUCAUUAUUGGAAAAAUAUAUUUUCUUCUUGUUAGAAUUAAGCUAAAAAAUAUGGAGCUUGAGAUCAGGCGUCGAGAGUCAACUGGAUCAGGGCCUAAUACAUAUGUUGAGACAGAGACCCUUGCUAAAUUCGAGUUAAUGGAUGGUGCUGCCGUCAGAGGAGAAUCGAUUCCCAUCAGACUUUUCUUAAGUCCAUAUGAACUGACACCAACGUAUCGUAACAUCAAUAACAAAUUCAGCGUUAAAUACUAUUUGAAUCUUGUUCUAGUGGACGAAGAAGAUCGACGUUACUUCAAACAGCAAGAAAUCACUAUGUACCGGCUUCUCGAAGCCUCGUAAUUUUUCUUUCAAAAGCUAGGUGAGUUCAGACAUUUGAAUGUGGGGAAGGAUAGCAGCGUAUUUAUGGCACAUUUAGUGGAACUCUUCUGGCUGUAUGCUAAAUCUCGGCCUUGAUCCUCUGUAAUCUGCACAUUAAUGAUUUGAUCUUUGGAGUUCAUUUAUUCAUCAAGAACCUAUGGAAUGGCAAGCUUCGGCUGUUAAGGAUGAAUACAUGCAGUUGUUUUUGGUGAUGACAUCAUAUUAGUGUCUUGGUCUUGUUUAUCCAUCAUGUAUCUGAAUCUGGGUUCCAUUGUUGGCUGUAGGAUUGCUCAGUUGUUUCAGAAAGUUGGCUUGCAUAUGUUUUUUUUUUCAGUUCUUUAAUCUUUGUUUAUGAUGAAUAAAAAUUGUUGUAAUCCUGUUUUUGUCACCAUACUAGAAUUUCAUGCAUCACUUUUUCCGCCAUUGGCUUGAUUUUGUCAGUUU